UUACUUGCAGCAACGUCCUCUCUUGGUGGAAGACUGGCAAAGGAGCAACACCGUCCUUUACUUUCACCCUAAUCGACGCCAUGGAGGACUCGACUAGUUGACGUUAACUAAACCUUCUCUUUUAAGCUUUCUUCUUCCGAUCACUGCGCUCCUUCAAAAAGCCACCCGCUGGUUUUAUCGACGUUAUCUCAAGUUUCUACCCUAACACUGUUGCAAAGAUGAAGAUGAUUAUUGGCAUUGGCGGAGUAACCAACGGGGGUAAAACUACCCUCACCAACAAGUUAAUCAAGAACUUGCCCAAUUGCUGUGUCGUUCAUCAGGAUGACUUCUUCAAGCCCCAAGAUGAGAUUGAAGUUGGUGAAGAUGGCUUUAAGCAGUAUGAUGUCAUUACUGCUUUGGACAUGGACGCCAUGAUGAGCACAAUCUACGCUUGGCUGGAUAACCCAGUAAAGUUUGAGAGGUCGCACGGUGUCAACAACACCAUGGAUUCUGAGAUACUCCCUGGAACUGAGCAUAAGGAUGAGGGCAACCACGUCCUUAUUGUGGAAGGCUUUCUGCUUUACACCUAUGGACCUUUGAUCGAUGUGCUGAACCAGCGCUAUUUUAUUUCCAUUCCAUACGAAGACUGCAAAAAGAGGAGGUGCUCAAGGAACUAUUCGGUGCCAGACCCACCAGGUCUGUUCGAUGGCCAUGUCUGGCCCAUGUAUGUCAAACACAAGGAAAUCAUGGAGAACUCAGGUGUUGAUGUUGUGCAGUUGGAUGGAACAAGGACGAAGGAGCAACUGUAUAACUCUGUUUACGGAGACAUUAUGAACAACAUCCAGAAAUGUCUGCAACAAUAAACAAAGGUCACAUGAUCGGCUAAGAACAAGACACAUCACAUACUCAACAUGCAGGAGGAAUACCGCCUUGCUUGACUUCUGAAGUGGCAGCUCACUAUAAACCAAACUCUCAAGACUUUUUAUAGUGUAAAUUAUUCAUCCAACAGCAUCAUAUGCUGGCUUGAAAAUUGUAUAUCUUCUAUAUUUAUUGCUUUUUACGCCUAUUCAAGUUGAUAUCAGUCCAAGGAUGGUUGCAAUGCAAUGCACAGUCUCAAUAAAGACUCCUCCUGCAACAGA